CAUUGGAAAAUUGAACACUAGAUGUCGCAUCAACUACUCCGUCGUCCACUCAUGUUGGUAACACUGCAUCUUUCGAAUAAUGUUGGUGUUGUCAAAAAAUCCGUUGAAAAUUACGUUUACUGUCGGUGCGAGAAUUUCGAUAAUAAAACCCUAUUACGAAUGAAAAAUUGGUGAUAAUAAAAAUAUUGAUAAAAUGUCACCCAACGGGCUGGUCUUCAAUUUGAAUAAUAUCUGGGAAGGCCAUGACAACGAGAAGCUUGAGCUUUUACAGAGGUUAACCGCGUUCGUCGAAGAUAUCGAAUUGAAAACCUCGAUUUCGUUAGACGCAUAUUUGGAUCAACAAAAAGAUAUCGAGCUGAAGCAAGAAACUGUCAACACAAACAUCGCUAAAUUGCAGAAAGUGAAAAAAGAUCAUCAAGCAGAAUUAGAACAAAUUAUUCUGCAACGCAAAGUAACGGAGAAGAAGAUUACCCUAGCAAAUAAUCAACGAUCAAAAUUGGAGGAAGACAUCCAUGAUGCAAAAUUAAAAAAAGAGAGUAUAUCCUUGGAAAUGGUCGAGUUGACGCAAGAACUUGAAGAGGCACGAAAAAACAGGAAAGAUCGCUGGAACGCCAUAAAAAAUGCGUGUUCAUUUUACAAAGAGAAUCUCGAUAUACAUCUAGGCUUGGAAGAAUUAAACAAUCCUGAUAAAGUCAAGCUAACAUUUUUCCGAGGUGAAAAUUUGGAAAGAGAUAAAUACUAUGUGAUUUUGAAGAAGUUCCAAGACAACUGGAAAGUUGAACACAUAGAACCUACUCUGAAAAAAACCCAUUUGGAAGCGAUAACGGCUUCAAUGGAUUUAACAAAACCACUGGACAUUGGAGAUAUUACUAAAUUUCUAUACAGACUGAGAAACACAUUCUCUGAAUACUACUUGAAGCAAGAAAACUUAUGGAAUGCCAAAAACAUGAGCGUAUAUUUGGAAAAUGGAGUACGUACGUUCCGUCAGAUCGUCGCAGCUUAGCUAUUUGAUCUCGUAAUCGAACAUCCGUCGCAGGUCUGCCUGACGUGGCGUUAAAAACAUUUUCCCCGAGCGUUGUUGAGCUUUCUGUAAUGAAAAUUGAAAAAUUGACGUAUUCCAAUUAAAUAGUGAAUAAAACAUGCAUCGAAAUUUCGAAAGUAAAAGAAUAAAUUUUACCCGAUUG